AUGGCGGGAAAAUCCCCUUAUCACCACCAUCAGCCAGUUUCACUCUCCACAGAUCCGAAACUAAACUCCAAAAUUCAGAUCAGAAAAAUGGUGGGACCAAUGUACGAUCUCCUCGCAAACCCUCUUGGGGCUGUCCGAUUAACAUUCGAUAAGUCUAUCUGGUCCGGAUCCGACCCUUCCUCCUUCGAUGGCAAAGAUUGGGGAGCCGUCGACCUGUUCCGCCACUUUCUCUUCGACCAAGCCCAACUCUCCCAGGUUCCAAUUCUUAAUGGUGCAACAAUAAAUUGGAUUAAACCGAACACUCUAGUUCGAUUUCGGGGAAUGAUACAAGACAUGUUGGGAAAUGAAUUCUAUGUUGGUGCUUAUAAGGAUGGUUCGGUUUGGAGGACUAACAAAUUCAUGGAUAUUUCUGAAUGCCCUGUGGAAAUUAAUUCGCCUGAAAUGCGUCUCUGGGAGCGCCGUUUAUUAUGUUGUGUUCCGGUUCCUGGAUUAAAUUCAUGGGCUAAAUCUACUUCUGAGGUAGCAGUAAAUAGGUGCAUGGAUUUGACCUCUGAUCAAAGAGAUAAGCGAAGGAGAAUGGACAUUGAAGCUAUCGAUCACAAUGAUUUUUCUGUCUCAGUUGAUGGAUUUGAAGAUUCUCCUAGUGCAAAAAGGAUGAGAGAAGAUCCCUCAUCUUCACAGUAUCAGGACCCUAAAAAUGAAGGGGCUUGUUCAAGCCACAUUAUGGUGCCAGAUGUUGACAGAGAUUCUCUUCCUUGUCUCGUAAAGAUAUAUGAUUCUCCUGAGUCCGAGUUGAAGCUAAAUGAUGUUUUUGAAUUUGUUGGGGUCCUCACUUUUGAUUCUGAGCUUCCAGCAGAGAAGGAUGAUAAUGAUGAGUUCUCUAAUGGUUUUUGUGAUGAUGUGUCAGUCAAUUUGCCACCCAACAAGGUGCCACGCCUCCAUUGUGUUAUUCAUAGGAAACUUGCAGUGUCUGACUUUCUGCAGAACUCCCUGCUGGUGGAGCCAAAACCACAUUCAGUCAAAGAGGCAAGGAAAGCUUUGUUGACACAUCUCACAUCUAUUCUUGGCAAUGAUGGGGUAGCAGCUCAUUUCAUGUUGUUGCAUCUCCUGUCGAGGGUACAUGCUAGAGCAGACAAUGUUGCUGUUGGGAAGCUUUCUUUGAACCUUACUUGUAUUAGCAAAGAGACCGCAUGUGCAUUUGGUGCUAAGCUUGGUAUUCUCAUCAAGAAUCUACUUCCCUUCACGAAAAGCAUACCCCUGACUGUGGAAUAUCUUAACACAGCCUCUCUUGCUCCCAAAAAGGAUUAUCAGAUAAACAGACUGAUGCCUGGAGUCCUACAGCUGGCUGAGGGCUCACACUUAAUUGUUGAUGAGACACGUUUGGAAACAGGAACCCUCAAUUCUGUUGGGGUUGAGAAUGCAAGGUUGCUAAAAGCUCUGGCAGAGUUGCAAAAGGUUGAGUAUGAUUUUAAGUAUUAUAAGAUGGAGAUGGCAGCUGAUGUCCAAUUGCUAAUAUUGUCAGAGGGGAAAUCAAACAUCGUACCAGCUGAUAUAAUUAUACCUUUUGAGCCUUCUUCAGUGGGUUCCUCUGAAGCUGUGCCUGUAGAAGUACUGGAAGCUUGGAGAGGGUACUUGGCUGCUGUUAGAUCAUUGCCACAUUCUAUUGAGUCAGAUAUGCAGAAGAUGGUAGAAAAUGACUUGGUUACUGCAAGGCAAGCUGAUCGAAGCUUAGGCAGCCAAGAUUUUAGCAGAUGGUUGACAAUGGGCCGCCUCAUUUCUGCCAGUUUUGGCGAGACCUCACUCUCAUUGGAGCACUGGCAAAUGGUCAAGGAGCUGGAGAGGUUAAGGAGAGAUAGACUUAAGCACAUAAUUAAUGAGAAGGGCUGGAAAUCCCUCGAUAUUUAUAACAUUUCUGUUCCAGCUACCACAAAAACUAACAACUACUACUCAACCGGCGACCACCUCCAAAUGGUCUUUGACUGCUUUGACGAGGAUGGAGAUGGAAAGAUAUCUGCUGCUGAGUUGCGAAGCUGUAUUACCAGUGUUGGAGGCCAGCUUUCCAUCGAGGAAGCUGAGGCAGCCGUCAGCUCCUCUGACGUGGAUGGAGAUGGGUUGUUGGGAUUCCAGGACUUCCAAAGCUUAAUGGCUGGCAGUAGUGCUUCGGAGGAGGAGAAGGCGGAGGAGCUCAAACAGGCUUUUGGAAGGUACGAGACAGAGCCUGGCUCUGGCUGCAUAACUCCUAAUAGCUUGAAGAGGAUGUUAAGUCGAUUGGGUGAGUCCAGGUCCAUUAACGACUGUAAGGCUAUGAUCCGUACCUUUGAUCUCAAUGGAGAUGGUGUCCUUAGCUUCCGCGAGUUUGCUGUCAUGAUGCACUAG